AUGUGUGAUUAUACCCAAGUCCAUUACAAGUGCUCCCACCUCCGCUACACGGUUCGAGCGUGGUGCACAAAGUAUCAGGAAACGCACAAACGAUGUCCAGCCAAUAUUGUUGCAAUAGAAUACCGGCUUGACGAGAACUGCGGUGCGUUAAUAUAG